AGGCAGAAGACAAUGCGAGGGGAAGAUAAGGGAGGCAGGGGGAGGUUGUCCAGCCUGCCUAAGAAAACCAGUUCUGCCCCGGCUGUUUAUUUACUUUCAAAGAUGGACUCGAGAGCUGCUGCUCGCCUCUUUUCCCUCUCUCUCUUCCUUCCCUUCAGGGAAAUACCACCCAAUCGGGCCGGCGGGCCUCUUGCGCGAAACCCCUCGCCUGCGCGGCGGCGGCGGCGGCGUCCGGCAUCCACCCUUCAACCACCCGGACGAAGCCGGGCGGACAGGAGCGGGGCGAGGGAGAGACUACAGUGCCCAGCGUCCCCUUCUGCUCCCUGAUCAAUGGACCUUAUUUGAAUAAUCUGUGAGCUCUUGGACUCAGGCCAAUCAGCUGUCAGGGACCCAUGAUAAAUCGCAAUGCAUUAUUGAUAAUCAUAAUUACUCUGACAUGCGCAUUCCGCUCUUUGGGAGUAAUUUCCCAACUCCAGGAAUUUGUUGUGAAGAAGAAGAAAAUAAUUGCUACUAUUUUGCUCCCGAUGCGUGUUGUGCACCAUGUCGAGGCGCAAGCAAGCGAAGCCCCAGCACAUCCAUUCGGACGAGCGGCAGUUCCCGGAUGUAGCAAAUGGAAGUUCACAGGAUACCCCAGGUGACAGAGGUGAAAUGAAUGCCAAAAGAUGUCGGACCGAAGAAACCCAUGUCUGUGAGAAAUGCUGUGCUGAGUUCUUUGACCUCACCGAACUCCUCGAGCAUAAGAAAAAUUGCACUAAAACACCACCUGUCCUCAUCAUGAAUGACAGUGAAGGGGCAGUGCCCUUAGAAGCCUUCCCUGACAGCUCUGUGGAGACUUUUCCAACCAGCCAAAUGGAUGGUAGGUUGGCUGAGGAGAGUCACAUAAAGAGCUCCCCAGCUUUGGCAGAAAAGAGAGAAGAGAAAGCUGGAUCUGAACCUUCAGGAGUGACAUAUCUAAAAACAGAGCCCUCCGUUGCCUCCGCAACUCAAGGGCUAAGCUUUCUCCCCAAACCCAAAGUACCAAACACUAAUGUGACUUUGCAAACUAUACAUGGCACUAAAGUAGCUGUCAACCAGUGUACCUCAGAGUCUCUCCCUCCCUCCGUGGCUGGCCUCAGUGCCAUCCCGAUGAUCCUGGAGCAGUUGAUGUGCCUACAGCAGCAGCAACUCCAACAACUCCAGUUGACGGAGCAGAUCCGCAUCCAAAUUGCCAUGAUGGCCCCACAUGUCCUACACCCCUCCACUGCUGCUGCAGAACCCCUCAAAGCUUUGGGGGCUCAUAUGUCCCAGCAGCUGUCGGCUGCUGUUGCUUUAAUUGGACAGAAAGCUGGGAAUCCAAGCCUAUCCCUCGAAUCCUUGAAGCAAGGCAAACUACCUCAUUCGAAUAUCGCUAUUCCGACAGCCGUCUCGGUGGCCGGUGGGCUCGCUCCUGCCCUUUCCUUGAAGCCUGAUGUGGGUCGAAGCUUGCCAAGUUCCAUGUCUCGCUUCCUGAGCCCUUUGCUACCUCAAUCCUCCAGCUCAGCCAUUUUCCAGAAUCCCCUUUCCACUGUCUCCCCAGCCAGCGACCCCUCAAAGAAGGGGAAAGGGAAAGUAGCAAAUGUGAGCGUCCCUGAAAGUAAACCAAGCCAGGAGGAGUCCUUCUUCAAACAUAAGUGCAAGUUUUGCGGCAAAGUCUUUGGCAAUGACAGUGCUCUGCAGAUCCACCUCCGUUCCCACACCGGGGAGAGGCCCUACAAGUGCAACAUUUGUGGCAAUCGUUUCACCACCAAAGGCAAUCUGAAAGUGCAUUUCCAGCGACAUAAAGACAAAUACCCUCAUAUCAAAAUGAAUCCUUAUCCUGUGCCUGAACACCUAGAUAAUGUGCCCACCAGCACCGGCAUCCCUUAUGGCAUGUCUGUCCCACUAGAUGAAUCUAAUCUCAUUGUGGAUUCCAAACCUAUUUUGACCACCAUGCCUGGCUCCGUAAGCUCGUCCUUGCCACCACCAAACACUUCCAACCCCACAAGUAGCAAGGAUCCUUUUACCAAUACACUUCUAAGUGAUGCCCAGCCUAGGCCUUCUCCAGAAAGUGAAGGAGAGUCUUCAUCAGGUCCGGCCAGUCAUGAAUCGGGAGCCGAGCAGAACCAGAGCUCUCCGCAGGCUGGCUGCAGUGGGAGCGCUUUCCACGGAUGCCGGAUUGGUGAGCAAGGCUCUGAAACAACAAAGCUCCAGCAGCUGGUGGAGAACAUUGACAAAGCCACCACUGACCCCAAUGAGUGCUUGAUCUGUCAUAGAGUGCUCAGUUGCCAGAGCUCCCUCAAAAUGCAUUACCGCACUCACACGGGAGAGAGGCCCUUCAAGUGCAAGAUUUGUGGCCGUGCUUUUUCCACCAAAGGCAACCUCAAAACACACUAUGGCGUGCACCGGGCAAAUACUCCCCUGAAGAUGCAGCACUCCUGUCCCAUCUGCCAAAAGAAAUUUACAAAUGCAGUGGUGCUACAGCAGCACAUUCGCAUGCAUAUGGGAGGGCAGAUUCCCAAUACCCCAGUGGCAGAAAACACCCAUGAUAAUAACGACACGGAGGCUACUUCAGCUGAGAACAACGGAGAUCCCUGUUGCUUAGAGAUCAACGAAAGCAUGGAAAUGGAUGAAGAUUUGGAAUCACCCCACGGCCCAAACCACUCUUCUAAAUCUUGCAACACUCAAGCUGAUCCGUCAACAUCUGUUUCUGCCAGUAUUUCAGCGCUAGAAAACCAUAUGAAGAUGGUGAAUUCGGCUCUGACUUUGCAGCGACAGAGCAGUUUGAAGUCGAGUGAUAAUGGAUCUGCAGAGAGCGAUGGCAUGACCAAUGAUUCUUCCUCGGUGGCAGGUGAUCUGGACUAUCAAAACGGUAGCCGUAGCCCCAUCACCUCUGAAUCGACUUCCUUCCUGGCCAUGUCUCCAACCAACAGUCAAGCAGAGAGCACCAGAUCAAAGUCACCGUGUUUUAGUAUCCAAGAAGACGGAAUAGUGGGAAGUAAGGCUGAAGGCCCUGAAGUCACACCUACAGAAAGAGAACGGGCUUUGGAUCUAACAUAUGGCAAUAUUAGUCGAAAAGUGAUCAAAGAGGAACCUGGGUUAUACUUCCAAAAUGGAGAAUAUGGCCGGAGCAGCAUUCACCCAUCAUUUAUCAGGGCACCACCGGCUCUCAUAAAAAUGGAGAUGUCUAGUGAUCGCCCCAUCAGCACCAGCCAUUUUAUUGCCCCUCCUGUAUUAUCACCCAGUGUGCCUCCUCUACUGGUGCCACCCCAUCGCCGUACAGCUAAGCAGCAUCUCUGCACUACGUGUGGUAAGAACUUCUCUUCGGCAAGUGCUCUUCAGAUCCACGAGCGGACUCACACGGGGGAAAAGCCGUUUGCGUGCACCAUCUGUGGAAGAGCUUUUACCACCAAGGGGAAUCUCAAGGUCCAUGUUGGAACUCACAUGUGGAACAAUUCUGCCAGACGUGGAAGAAGACUGUCCAUUGAUAACCCGAUGGCUUUGCUUGGCAAUGAUUCAAAGAAGGUAUCAGAAAUGUUCCCUAAAGAUGCAGUGAGCCCUUCGGUGAACCUUGAUCAAUCGGCAUGGAACCAGUAUGCUGCAGUGCUCAGUAAUGGCUUAGCCAUGAAAACCAAUGAGAUCUCUGUGAUCCAAAGUGGAGGCAUCCGUUCUCUUCCAAACACCAUUGGGGGAAGUCCAGCAAUCAAUGUAACAAUGAAUUCUGCCACCGUUUCCAAGAUGGAUAGUUCCCAGGCUCUGAUUGGCUCAGAGAUGGAGAAGCCGAGCAGCAGUGCUGAAGACAAUGUGCCAAAACACCAAUUCCCUCACUUCAUAGAAGAGAACAAAAUUGCUGUUAAUUGAAAAACCAGAAAGCUUGAAAGGUGGCAGGAUGGAUUUUUUAAAAAAAUCACUAUCGGAAUAUACAUAUAUAUAUCUAUAUAUUUUUAAGAGAUGACACCGCAAGUAUCCUUAUUUUCUUAUUGACGUGCAAAUGAUUCUAAGGCUGUCUAUGGAAGAGUUGCCCAGAGUACAAUCAUGUCCGUGUUUUGCGCAAAACAAAAAUGAAGCCAGUUUAGGAUCCUCCCUUUUUCUAUGCGGGUCUUGCAAGAUUCUUCUUACGUGGGAAACAUCAACCUGUAAAAAAACCUUCGAUGUUUUACAAUGUGAAAUUCCAAAGGUUAUAACAUUUACCUCAUUUUUUUUUCCUUUUUUGUUUGCUUACUUGUUUUUGUUGAGAUGGCUUAAGUAGAAACCAUUGGGGAGAUUUGAGCAGAAUAAGAAGCGAGUCUCUCUUGAUAUUUUGGAGCGAGGAGAGGAAAUGGCACUCAUGGAAUUCGUGACUGAUAACGUGGAAAGUAAUUAUGCGGGUAAAAUAUCCUAGAAUGCCAUGUUCCCUUUUUCGUUCGUUUUGUUUGUUUUUCAUUCGAUGCGGUUUUGAAUGUAAUAGUGUUACGAUGCCUGUUGGACGUCAGGAUCUGAUAUACACAGAACCCUGUUUUAAAAAACCCAAAACUGAAUGUUUAAACAGGCACAUUGUUGGCCAUUGUACACCUUAAAUGCUCUGUAUCGAUUACUGCUGCUUAUUUAAAGACUACAUCAUUGUACAUGCACCACCUACAGUGCCAAAAAAGCUGACUCUUCCGUGGCUCUGUGUUGCUUUCCUCCUACCCAUCCCAAUAUGCAGACAGAGGCAUACUGUUGAAGGGAAAUCCAAUCCUAGCAAGACUUGAGUUUUUGCUGUUUCUGCCAUUUCUCUUCAGAUUCUCAGGUGAUGACUUUGGAAGCAGAUUACUUAGUGAAUGGAAAUCUUCCCCACAAGUUUGCUCUUUCUCUGCCACUAUCCCUCACCUCCACUUUAUGUAAGGGAGUCUGCCUAAAUCUGUAUUUAAAAUGAAGUAGGUGUUUCAUCUGUCUUUGUUGUGUGUGAGAGACAACAUUUCCACUUUAGCAAUUCAGGGGCUGCAAUCCAGCGAAGACAUAUGCGAGUUUCGACUUCUCAUACAGCAAGACUGAGUCAUUUCUAUUUUGCCAGAAGAGGAGACUUUGGGGGCAGUCCUACAUUUUCUUUGGACUUUUAUCUAUUUGUAGUUCUUAGGGGAGAAAGCCUGGAAAAAAAAAAUCCCAAUGUGGCAUUUGUACUGUAUGAAGGUUACUGGAAUGGUCUUCUGGAUUCUAAGUUAUCUACCUCAUUAUUAUUAUUUUUUAUUAUUAAUUUGUUUAUGGUAGUGUUAAGUUCUAUUUUUCUAGACAAUAACCACUGUGUCGAACUUGAGAUCCAGACAGAAACUACUGUGCACUAUUUCACGCCAAAAUAAGAUAUGCUUGUAGGGAUAGUUGAAGAUGUUUAGAGGUGUGUUUCAUGGAGGGGGGGGAGUUGUUUUUAGUCCAGACACCUCCAUUCUCUCUUCAUCAGCAGGAUCUGCCUGUGUGUUAGCUGCAUUGGAAAAACUGAACAAAGAUUUGGAGAUUAAGAGAACUUGAAUGAAAAUGUGGCUUUUUCCAACAUCAAAGUCCAGCUUCGCUCAUGCAGAAGGUCUAUGAAACAAUGUGGAUGUAUAAUAAUAUUUUUUCUAAAAAAAAAAAAGAAAAGAAAAAACACCAAUGUGGUUGCACCUGAACUAUUGUAUGUGUGUAUGUCUCCAGUUAUAUAUAUUUUUUAAUUAUUAUAAUUUGCUUAGGAUCAGUUUUUGCCAAGUUGUGCCUUUCCACCUGGACUUUGUAAAGUAAGAACACAAACUGUUUACACUGUAAAAUGGAUCUUGUUACGUGGAACAUGCCAAAGGUGCAUCCCGAGAAUAAUCUCUCUUUCUGCAUUGUGAAUGUUUGGACAAUUUAAGCAAUUCUGCGUAGGAUUAUAUUUUGUUUGUUUAUUUGGACUAUCUACUGAUGCAUUUUCUGUUGAUAUGAGAAUAAAUCUCUGAUAAUUUUUUCA